CUUCUGGCACGAUGUGGCCCAUACGCAGCUGACUUUGAGACGUGGACGUGCCAUUUCCUGAUAGGUUGAAUUGGAAUUUUCCCAACAAGGAGCGUGAUGAACGGGGAGAACAUAAAAGUGCCCGCAGACACAAUAGCCCCUGUGUACGAGUGUUUACAUAUGUAUGAGUACGGUGUCACUGGUCGAUUGAUUGGGUUGGGCAUUAAAUUCGCGCUUGGCCAUGUCCUCAUCGCUAUUCAUUCGUAGCGUCGUUCUCUCGUCUCGAUUUCAUUUAGCACCGUGCAUUCGCCCUCUCAAACGCCAUUAUGUACCCACGUUGUUAUCCCGGCUUGGGGCUUCCUCCCUUUGGUCGAUUUCACGUCGUUCUUUCAACACAAGCCUUUGCGCGCGGUUUUCGCGUUUGCCCUCUGACAAAGGCACCAACAAGCUAGGAGAUACUUUGAGCAGCGACAAAGUAUCGCAUCAGAACGUUACUCUUCGAGAAGAUAUUUAUACCAUCCCGAACCUUUUGACCGUGUCCCGUAUUCUAGCUUGUCCCGUGCUGGGGUGGUCAAUACUGCAGGAUAACUUCUACCUUGCAACUGGAUUACUCGUCUAUGCUGGAUUAUCGGACUGGGUCGAUGGGUUCUUGGCUAGGCGGUUCAACAUGCGCUCUGUACUGGGGACAAUAUUAGACCCGGCUGCUGACAAAACACUGAUGACGACUUUGACGGUGACACUAACGAUGAAGGGUCUACUUCCAGUUUCACUGGCAACUAUUAUCAUCGGAAGGGAUGUGCUCCUGAGUCUCUCUGCUUUUUACAUUCGUUAUUCCUCCUUACCUCCACCGAAAACCUUGGCCCGGUAUUGGGAUUUCUCGAUACCAUCAGCUGAGGUAAGGCCAACUACCAUAAGCAAGUUCAAUACCGCUGCACAGCUGGCUCUGAUGUUUGCAAUAACGGUCGCUCCUAUUGCACCUGCAUAUCUGAGUGUAUAUCUUCCUGAGAUGCAACUCUUAGUGGCCGUUACCACGAUAUGGAGUGGUCUGUCUUAUAUGUUUUCCAAGGAUGCCGUCCGGAUCCUAUCCGAAACGCGAGAACGACGGUGACGCCCAUGAAGGGAUUGAUGUGGAAUACUGCACAUGGCUGAGGGUGAGAUUACAAUACACAUUACAGGCCUAUUCGUUAUGUAUUUCAGCUGUCGCCCUGCGACGGCGCACUUCCUGCAGUGCAUCUGCAAUGGCUUGCUUAUUUGCACAAGCUUGCCGCCACAUAUCACUGACACACCUGUAUAACGGUGCUUAGUUUGACGUCGAACGGGGUGGCGG